AUGGCUCUUAAUAAUUUCACCAUAUUGGAUCUUGCAGUGGCUAAUUUGGCUGAACAAUAUGUUAGUGUGCGCCUUGGUUACGGAAAUGGCACAUUUCAAAGUAAAAUUAAGUGUGUUGUUGGUGAUAUUCAGAUGUUUGUGGCAGUGGGUGAUUUCAAUGACGACUCCAGAUUAGAUUUAUUAGUAGUCGAUGUGAUGGAUAGAGUCAGCAUGUUACUUGGCAAUGGCAACGGAACGUUUCAAAGUCCAGUGAACUACACUAUUGGUCGUAAUCCAUCUUCGAUAGUAAUAGGUGAUUUUGAUGAAGAUAAUAAAUCGGAUUUGGUAGUGACCAACUCCGCUGCUAGUACUGUCGGUAUGUUACUUGGUAAUGGGGAUGGGAUAUUUUCAAUUCAACCGAAGUAUAGCGCUAGUUGGGCAUCAGACUCUGUUACUGCAGGCGAUUUCAAUAACGACAGCAAAUUGGAUCUUGCCGUGGCAAACUAUCAUGGCAAUAACGUGAGUAUACUACUCGGAAUGGUGAUGGGAUAUUUCAGAAUCAAACGAAUAACGAACUUUGAUGAAGGUACCGUCAGUGUGCUUCUGGGAAAUGGAAAUGGAACCUUUCGAAAUCAAACGAAAUAUAUCGUCGGUUCACAUCCAUGUUCCAUGACAAUAGGUGAUUUUUUUUUUAACAAUGAUACAAAAUUAGACUUUGCAGUGACUAGAUUCUUCGAAAGCAUUGCCAAUGUACUGCUUGGGAAUGAAGCUGGAACGUUUCGAAAUGGAACGAUGCUAGCAUAUGGUUCUGGUUCGGUAUCGAUAUCGAAAGGUGAUUUUAAUAAUGAUGCUAAACUGGAUCUAGUGGUGACGAAUGUAUAUAAUAAGAGCAUCAGUGUAUUGCUUGGUAAUGGAGAUGGAACGUUUCAAAAUCAAACGAAAUAUACAAUUAGUAGUUCACCAAAUUCUGUAACAAUAGAUGAUUUUAACAAUGAUACCAAACUAGAUCUAGCUGUGGCUAACUAUGAUAACAAUACUAUUAGUGUAUUAACUGGCAAAGGAGAUGGCACUUUUGAAAAUCAAAUUACAUAUCUGACUGGUUUUUCUCUCAUGUCUGUUAUAUCAGCUGAUUUCAAUAAUGAUAAGAAACAAGAUUUAGUGGUAGCCAACUUUGCUGAUAAUAGUAUUAGUGUCCUAUCUGGUAACGCAGAUGGUACAUUCCAAAAUCAAUUGGCAUAUACGAGUGGUUCGUACUCAAUGUCUGUCACAGAAGGUGAUUUUAAUGAUGAUAAUAAAUUGGAUUUAGCAGUAGCUAACUAUAACGACGACAGCGUCACUAUUCUUUUGAAUGUAUGUUCCUAA